UCGACUUACCGGAAGUAUGUAAACCCCGGUGCACGUUGUUCUUCCUUUUUCUGUCCCACUCCAUUGGCAUCGCACGCAUUUUAGUGAUCGCCGUAACUCAGAUCAUUGCUAAGAUGUCCGGAGGACUAGAUGUACUUGCCCUCGGGGAAGAUGAUAUUACCAAAUUUUUGGCUUGUAACACCCAUCUUGGAGCCACCAAUGUCGACUACCAGAUGGAACAAUAUGUCUUCAAGAGGAAGCCUGAUGGUGUAUACAUUCUAAAUCUAAGGAAGACUUGGGAGAAGCUACUUUUGGCUGCACGUGCCAUUGCUGCCAUUGAGAACCCUGCAGAUGUGUGUGUCAUCUCUGCCAGGCCCUAUGGCCAGCGUGCUGUCCUGAAGUUUGCAUCAGCCACUGGUGCCACCCCCAUUGCUGGCCGUUUCACACCUGGAACCUUUACCAAUCAGAUCCAGGCUGCUUUCCGUGAGCCCCGUUUGUUGGUCGUCACCGACCCCCGAACUGACCAUCAGCCAGUCACUGAGGCCUCCUACGUAAACAUCCCAGUUAUUGCUCUGUGCAACACUGACUCUCCACUCAGAUAUGUGGACAUCGGUAUUCCUUGCAACAACAAGGGUCUGCACUCUGUGGGUCUGAUGUGGUGGCUUCUGGCUCGUGAAGUUUUGCGUCUGCGUGGAACCAUCAGCCGUGACCACCCAUGGGAUGUCAUGGUGGAUCUGUACUUCUACAGGGACCCAGAGGAGGCUGAGAAGGAGGAACAGGGGGCUAUCGAGAAAGCACCUGUCAAGGAUGAGAGCCAGGACCAGUGGGCCCCACCUGAGAUUCCAUUGCAGCCCGCACCCACCCAGGAGGUCACCGACUGGGCCUCAGAGGCCAUGCCAGUGGCCCCGGCUCCACAGCCCUUCAUGCCUGCAGGCACCGCCAAGGACUGGUCAGCCACUACCGAUGAUUGGUCCGCUGCUGCCUCAGGCCCAGCCCCAACCACUGGGGCCCCAGAAUGGGGAGGCACUGCCGCUGAGAACUGGAGCUAGAUUGUGAAACUGAAUGACAUUCAAACUCCAUGAAGAUGUUUUCCAUCUGUUCAAAAUAAAAACUGGAAAAAUUCA